GCUUCUUCCGUUCUGCGUCGGCUGUGAAUUUCUUGUUCCAUUUCUGAAGUACACAGCUUCCUUUCCGGCGAAUCCGCGAAGAAGAAGGAGAAGAAGAAGAAGAGAAAUCAGCGGAGCUGGGGUUUGUAGGAAAAUGGCUAAUGAAGAAGACAACAACAUGGAUGAUUGGAGCAUUCCGCGCCUGAUUUCAUUGCUAAAGAAAACUUUCCGGGCCAAGGAUUUUGGUAUGGUGGAAGAUGUUUUGACUGCGAGAGAAAGGAAAUCAAGGAGUGAAAUUAAUAAGCUAGAGCAGGAGAAGGAGUCAUUAAAAGAUUCGUACUACUCAGAGAGGUUUGACAAAGUGAGUAUGAAAAAGGAGCUCUCAGAGGAGCUCACCAGAUGCAAAAUGGAGCGCAAGGAAUUUGGUGACCAGGUUGCUAGGCUUAGAGAGGAGAAGAAGAUACUGUGCGAGGAGGUGGGACAGAAGGAUAAGGAGAUUAUUGACCUUAGGAGAAGGAUUUGUGAGAUGGAAUGCUCAAAGACAAAGGCUGAGGCUGAGAAUGAGAUUUGGAGGAAGAGACAUGAGGAAUUGGAUGCAAGGGUAUUGCGUCUGGAGGAUGAAAUGACAUUGUUGACAAAUUCAAGUACUGUUGAGAGAGGUGGGGUUUGUGAAGCUGAAGAUAACCAAGGAAAUGCGGAGAAAACCAAAGAGAAGGUGAUUGAUUCUAACAAAAAGGAAGAUGAUGAAGCAGUUGAUGGUCCUAGUUGUGGUGCAAUGAUCCAAGAUAAUGGGCGUUUGCAAAGUGAAGGGUGUGGCCGUGUUUGUGAAGUGAAAGAGAACCAGGAAAAUGUGAAGAAAACUGAGAAGGUCAUUGAUGCUGACAAAAGUAAGGAUGCUGAAUUGGGUGUUGGUCUCAGUUGUGAUAAAAUGAUGAAAGAUAAUGGGCAUUUGCAAAUUGAAGGGACUGGGAAACAUUCAGCAACCUACAUUGUUGAGAUCACUGACAGUGAUGAUGAUUGUGCUCCAAGUGGAAUCCAGAACGGAAAAGAAAUGACUUUAAAAUGUCCAGUGGAGGGUGCGCAUUUGGGGCAGAUGGUUGUGGAAAACAAGAUGCUCAAAAGAAAACGACCAUCAGGUUUAAAUAUGAAUGAUUAUGAGGAUAAUAAGGAUGAAGAAAAUAUUGAUGACAAUGCCCAUUCUGGUAAAGGUAAGAUGAAGCUUGAAGAAACCACUUAUAAACCUGAUAUCUCUCAUUCUUCUCUCAACUGUGGCCCAAUGAAAGCCAUUUCUGCUCGAAGUAAUGAUGUUGAAAAAGUUUUUACACCAUCAACUUCCAGGCAGGGUUUAGAAGUUACAAGACAGUGUGAAGAGAAAAUGGAGUCUGAAGAUAGGUCUCAGUCUCACGAUAUCAUUAGUGGGUUUACUCUGGGAAGUCUUGGUUUUGAAACUGAGAGUUCUGAGUCCUCUGAAUCUGACACCAGUGAUGUGGAUAUGGAUUUUCUUCUCAGCUUACACAAGAGUUCCAAAUGACAAAUAGAAAGCGAGAGUUAGAGAUGGAGAUUCUAGAGGAAGGGAGUUCUGCAUGAAAGCUGUUACUGCUCUUAUUAGCAGUAAAGUCUGUGGAUAAAUCAUCUACUGAUUCUGAUAUAUUCAUCAGGCAAUCAAUUGGUUAACAGGUGUAAUGUGCUCAGGUAUGAUUGAGCUAGCUGUUUCAUUGUAUCCUCUUCCCUUCUUUUAGGUCAGAUGAUGGUAUGGUUUCUCAUCUUGAAAUCUCGAUUAUCUUAUGAUAUAUGAAAUCUAGUUAGGAGGUCACUGGGUUUUUACAGAGCUUGGUGUACCAUGUACUUUUUUCUAGCUAACUUAUCAUUUCUUUGUAUCUGCUGUUGUUGAUAUAUUGUGGCACAAUUCCCGGGCUAAGGGAAAAAAAUGUAGUUGUUAAUUUCAGCUGGCUUAAUAUCAUAUCAUGAAGAUUUCCAUCUGCAGCUUGUAAUACAGAUGGAGUGAUGUU